AUGGGAUUCUCGGCAGACACAGGCUGGAGGACGAAGCAUCAGCUUCGCCAGCUUUAUGGCGAUGACAACAUCGUGAACAGCAUCGUUGAGGCUAAGGUCAUGGUUGAUUUGACGCAGAUCCACGAGGAGGAAGUUGCUGACAAGACGCAGUGGCAGAUCAAAGCAGCUCAGGACUUCGGCGGCUGGGAUGAGCCUGCUUCUUCUUUCGCCGCGCCGAUGCUCACGCCGGGCAAUCGUGGCUGCUUGGGCUUGCCAAGCUCGGGUUCGAGUGAUGGCGUGCCGCCUGCUGAGGGCAAGGGGAAGGGAAAGGGAAAGGGAAAAGGAAAGAACAAGAGCGGGGAGAAGGAAGGGGAGAUCAUCCAGCGCAAGGCUUCCAAGGAGAGCCUUAAAUGCAGCAUGAGCAUUAAUGCUCAUCCAUCAUGA